AUGGACGAUGCGCAGGCGAGUCGAGCCCCGACUGCAGCUCCACCACCUCCACCACCAUCACAAUCUCAGGAUCCCAAUCAGACUCAGCCUCUUCGCAUAAUCACUGGCUUGGGCGUAGAAGAACCUCUUGUUUCCCCUCGAAAGCGAAUAUCACGCAGAGACGUCGACGACGCUGUGUCCCCUUUCACCCAUCAACCUCUGUCAUGUGCAGAUAACUCCAAUAACUCCCAGUCGAGGUCGACCUCCCUCGCUUUCAAUUACCACGUCUUCAACGGGGUCCCGAGGGGGCAACCUCCCACCGCCAUCAUGGCGAGGGCUAGCCAGACCCUGCAAGAAGAGGAGGAGACCCUGAUGACCCGUGGCAGCCAAUCCUCCGAUGAUCCAUACCCGAGACCUUCGGAAGAAAGCGUCACCUCUGUCUCAACAACCUCCCUUGUUCUCGAGAGCUUAAACUCGGCAAUCGCUGUGAAAAAGCCUCUGCAACCUUCACAAUACCGAGAUGAUGAGAGUGAUCCCGAGUUGCCCAGAUUUAACGACAAGAACUACACCAUUGGUGGCCAGCGGAUGUCCAAAGGCCUUCGUCGAGCAAUAUGGAUAGUCUCGGUUGUUGCUAUUGUCGGAUGGAUCUCGGCGGUGGUCGUUUUUGUGGCAGGUGGCCGGUAUAAACAUGCGUCGGCAUUGGAAUACGACCACGAUACUCCAAUAAAGAGCUCGGCAAAGAAGGUCACCCUCGCUCAAAUACAGUCAGGGCAAUGGUCACCAAAAUAUGCCAAUAUCGAGUGGACGCCUGGUCCCAAUGGAGAAGAUGGGUUAUUGUUGGAGAUCAACCAACCCAACAAGGAGUACUUGGUGGUUGAAGACAUCCGAAGUCGUACACCUUCUGCAGCCAAUGCAUUCAAAAGCACCACUCUGGUGAAAAGCGGGUGGAUCAAAUAUGGUGGACAGCAGUUGUGGACGUCGGAAUUCUGGGUUAGCCUGGAUAUGAAACAUGUGCUUCUUAUGGCGAAUCCGGAAAAGGUAUUUCGACACUCUUUUCUCGGACUGUAUUUCAUCCUCGACGUCGAGACACAGAACGUCCAGCCAUUGGACCCGGCGUUCCCGGAGACCAGGAUUCAAUUGGCUCAAUGGUCGCCCAAAAGUGACUCGGUUGUGUUUACAAGAGAUAACAAUCUCUUUCUGAGACAUCUCUCGUCGCCCCAAGUGACUACCAUCACCACCGACGGAGGUCCCGAGUACUUCUAUGGAAUCCCUGACUGGGCUUAUGAGGAGGAAGUCUUCGGUACCAACACCGCUACAUGGUGGGCACGUGAUGGUCAAUAUCUCGCUUUUCUGCGCACCAAUGAGACUACUGUCCCCGAAUAUCCUGUCCAAUAUUUCCUCUCACGUCCUAGUGGAAAGAGGCCACUCGAAGGCCUCGAGAACUACCCAGAGGUGAAAGAGAUCAAGUAUCCCAAGGCUGGCGCCCCUAACCCCGUGGUUGAUAUGCUGUUCUACGACAUAGCAAAAGGCGAAGUGUUCUCCGUCGAUAUUGACGGCGGGUUCCCGGACGAAGACCGGAUCAUCUUCAACAUUGUAUGGGCAGAUGAUGGAAGAGCACUGGUCUCGGAGUCGAAUCGUGAAAGUGAUCGGGUCAGAGUUGUUCUUGUAGAUGUCGCUUCCCAAACAGGACAUACCGUGAGGAUCGUGGACCUCAAAGACGUCGACGGUGGGUGGGUUGAACCUAGCCAGCUGACCAAAUACAUACCUGCCGAUCCUGCCAAUGGCCGACCAGAGGACGGCUAUGUCGACAUCGUCAUCUCCGACAACGGCAACCACCUGGCUUAUUUCUCACCUCUCAACAGCUCAAUUCCCGUCAUGCUGACAAGAGGCAAUUGGGAAGUGGACGGAGGACCGGCAGCCGUCGACUUGAAACAUAACUUGGUGUACUUUGUUGCGGCCAAAGAAGCACCAUCCCAACGCCACUUGUACAGCGUCAAACUAGACGGGACAGCCAUGGCCUCCCUUGUUCCUACCAAUGAAGCUGCAUACUGGGAGUCCAGCUUUUCUUCUGGAGCAGGAUACGUGAGCCUGAAAUACACCGGACCGGGCAUUCCGUAUCAGAAGGUCGUCUCUACGCCUGCCAAUUCUGAGAAAAUCGAGCAGAUGCUAGAAGACAAUAAGGAUCUCGCCAAGAUGGCGUCCUCUCACGAACUUCCAUACCAGGUGUUCCAGAACGUCACUAUUGAUGGCUACACGCUCCAAGUUGUCGAACGGCGACCCCCUCACUUCGACCCUAAGAAGAAAUAUCCUGUCCUCUUCUACCUCUACGGCGGGCCCGGCUCUCAAAUGGUCAACCGUCGCUUCCACGUUGACUUUCAAUCUUAUAUUGCCAGCUCUCUAGGUUAUAUCGUGGUAACCGUCGAUGGGCGUGGAACCGGGUUCAUCGGCCGCAAAGCGCGCACCAUCAUCCGCAACGAGCUCGGCACAUAUGAAGCCCAUGAUCAGAUUGCCACUGCAAAGAUGUGGGCUGACAAGGCUUACGUCGACGCCGACCGCAUGGCCAUUUGGGGCUGGUCCUACGGUGGCUUCAUGACAUUGAAAGUCCUCGAGACCGAUGCGGGCGAGACUUUUAAAUACGGCAUGGCGGUUGCUCCGGUAACUGACUGGCAGUUUUACGACUCCAUCUACACCGAGAGAUACAUGCGCACGCCUCAGAACAAUCCCCUUGGCUAUUCGAAAUCCGCAAUCAGCAAUGUCACUGCAAUAUCCCAGAACGUGCGCUUCUUGAUCAUGCACGGCGUCGCAGACGACAACGUGCACAUGCAAAACACACUGACGCUAUUAGACAAGUUUGAUCUAGCAGGGAUUGAAAACUAUGAUGUUCAUUUCUUCCCUGAUAGCGACCAUUCUAUACUUUUUCACAAUGCGAAUCAUAUUGUGUACGACAAGCUGGCGAAAUGGCUGGUUAAUGCAUUUAAUGGCGAAUGGUACAAGACGGAGGAUCCGAAGCCGAUGGAGUUGGGAACCUAG